AUGUCAGUCUUACGACGGCCGGCGCGCGCCCGGAAUCGCGGCGCUGCGUUACGCCUUCCACGACGCAACGAACCUAUAUUUCGUACUGGACUAUUAUCCAGGAGGAGAUCUGCUGUCCUUAUUAGGCAAGCACGAGAACUUCAGAGAAGAAAUGGCGCGCUUUUACAUGGCCGAGAUGGCGAUUGUCAUCAGCACAGUGCAUCGCAUGGGCUACAUACACCGCGACAUCAAGAUAGAGAACUUUCUCCUGGAUGCCAAGUACGUGCAGUGGGGGUGGUCUAUAUGA